GUUAAAUGUUUAAGUUCAACUUCAUAAUUUCUUUUUGCCUAAAAUUCAAUGAGACUCGUGCAAUUUUACAAAGAAAGAUCUAUCAUCUAUUAUACCAUCAUGUCAUUAUGUCAUUUGCCUUGAUCAUCAUUUGCACAUUACAUGGACCCUCAAAAAUCUUAGCCUAUCUUUCCAAUCUUGAAAUUUAAUCAUUAUUAUCCAUAAAUUUACCCCACCAUCAAAACAUCAAAAAUAAAAACCACAAAUUUCUCAAAUUCAGCUUUAAGAAAUUAAUCUACUUACUCUCCGUUAAAAGUGUCAUAUUCUCUAACUUCAUUUCUCUCCUUUUCAAUAUCAUUUAGGUUCCUUAUUCGAUCAAAUUUUCUAUUAGAAAGUGACUUUUGUUAAUACAAACAUUUUUGCAAAUCAAGGAAGAGAUUAACAUCAUCCAAAAUCAUUCCAAUUUCGAUUAUUUAAUCUUUUUAAUUAUCAUAGGUUUUGUAAAGAGAUAAAAAAUGCAAGCUUCAACUUUUAUGGUCAAAGGCAAUUUGGGGUUUGAAUUUCCAAACCAUAGAGUGGCUAGGAUUGGUGGGUCUAGGGGUUCAAGCUCUGUUCUUUGCAGCAAUUUGAGAUUUAAGGAUAUUAAUGAGAAUAAUUUCAAAAAUAAUUCUCUUAAAUUGAGUUGUGGGUCACUUUCAAUGGGAGCUGGAUUUGGAAGAUUGGGACUUGAUCAUGUAUUGAGGUCAUCAGCCAAGUAUAGAUCAGUCAAGGCUCAAGCUUCUUCUGGAGGGGAUCUUGAAGAUGCUACGCCCGUCAAAUAUCAUGGAAAAUCAUCUGGAUCAGUUUUGCCAUAUGUUGGUGUUGCUUGUUUAGGAGCUAUCUUAUUUGGAUAUCAUCUCGGUGUGGUUAAUGGAGCUCUUGACUACCUAUCUGCGGAUUUGGCUAUUGCUGGCAAUACGGUUCUGCAAGGAUGGGUUGUGAGCAUAUUACUUGCCGGAGCAACUGUUGGUUCAUUUACCGGCGGAUCUUUGGCUGAUCAAUUUGGAAGAACACGAACUUUCCAGUUAGAUGCGAUUCCGCUUGCAAUCGGAGCUUAUCUCUGUGCGACCGCAAAGAGUGUACAGGUAAUGAUGAUCGGCCGUUUACUUUGUGGCAUUGGAAUUGGUGUUUCGUCUGCCUUGGUCCCAUUAUACAUUUCUGAGAUCUCACCAACUGAGAUUCGGGGUGCACUUGGUUCUGUCAAUCAGCUUUUUAUAUGCAUUGGAAUUCUUGUUGCUUUGGUUGCUGGAUUGCCGUUGGCAGGAAACCCUUCUUGGUGGAGAACAAUGUUCGGUGUAGCGACAAUUCCCUCAGUUCUCUUGGCUCUCGGGAUGGGUUUCUGUCCAGAAAGCCCUAGGUGGCUUUUCCAGCAAGGAAAAAUUGCGGAAGCACAAAAGGCUGUGGCCGCCCUCUAUGGAAAAGAAAGGGUUCCUGAGGUGAUAAAUGAUUUGAGAACAUCUGUUCAAGGUUCUUCUGAACCUGAAGCUGGUUGGUUUGAUCUGUUCAGUAGCCGUUAUUGGAAAGUGGUAAGUGUUGGUGCUGCACUUUUCCUGUUCCAGCAAAUGGCGGGAAUCAAUGCUGUAGUAUAUUACUCGACUUCUGUUUUCCGUAGUGCCGGAAUUACAUCCGAUGUUGCUGCUAGUGCCCUCGUUGGAGCAUCAAAUGUUUUUGGCACUGUUAUUGCCUCUUCUCUAAUGGACAGGCAGGGAAGAAAAAGCCUGCUAAUGACAAGUUUCUCCGGAAUGGCUGCUUCAAUGUUGUUGCUGUCUCUAUCAUUCACUUGGAAGGUUCUAGCGCCAUACUCGGGCACACUUGCCGUCAUAGGGACUGUCCUAUACGUGCUUUCCUUUUCUCUCGGUGCUGGUCCUGUGCCUGCUCUUCUACUUCCCGAGAUCUUUGCAUCUAGGAUCCGAGCAAAAGCAGUCGCUUUGUCACUGGGAAUGCAUUGGGCUUCGAACUUCAUCAUCGGGCUUUACUUCUUGAGCGUAGUGACCAAGUUUGGCAUCAGCACAGUGUAUCUGGGCUUCGCACUUGUGUGUGUGCUAGCCGUGUUGUACAUCGCUGGUAACGUUGUCGAAACAAAAGGCCGAUCAUUGGAGGAGAUCGAACUUGCUCUAAACCCUGCUGCUUAAUUUAGAGGAUGUUUUUUUUUUUUUCCAAUUUAGAGAGAAUUGUUUUUGUUAGUAAUAAUAAUAAUAAUUCCUGGUUUUUGGAAUAAAUUUUUACUCCUACUUGUAAAACUAAGAAUGUGAAUUGAAACUUUCUAGCUUAACUUAAUGUCUUUGGAUUUGCACUUGUUUUUUUAGAGGCACUACUAGAUGUGGGCCUGAUUUGAUUUAUUCGGACAUUAAAAGAAAAGAAAAAAAAAUGACGUACUCAUUUG